AGAGAGCGUGGGGUUUCCCGAAUGGUGAGCAGGGGCGAGUGCAGCACCGCGCCCAUCCGCCCGAACGAGAGCGCGCCCACUGUCUCCGUGUUAAUGGCCGCCGGCCGCCGUGCCUCGUCUGCCUGAGGGAAAAGCGCCAGUUCCGACUCCUUUCGCCACCGGACAACCGAUACCCACCGCUUCCCCCCACGUCCCUUCGCCGGAGCGAAUCCACCAGCGCAGUCUGCCCGAGGCCGAGCCGAGCCCCGCGGCCGGGAGCGGUCAAUGAGAGCGGCAGCCCGCCGGAUAUUGGAGUGUUGCAGUGGAGGCAAGCGUAGUCCAGGAAAAUGAGUGAGCUGGAGCAGUUACGUCAGGAGGCUGAGCAACUGAAGAAUCAGAUCCGAGAUGCCAGAAAAGCAUGUGCGGAUGCCACUUUGGCUCAGAUCACAGCUAAUAUUGAUCCCGUGGGCCGAAUUCAGAUGCGAACUAGGCGAACACUACGAGGACACCUUGCUAAAAUUUAUGCAAUGCACUGGGGUACUGACUCCAGACUGCUUGUCAGUGCCUCCCAGGAUGGGAAAUUGAUCAUUUGGGAUAGCUACACCACAAACAAGGUUCAUGCCAUUCCUCUACGAUCUUCCUGGGUCAUGACCUGUGCAUAUGCUCCUUCUGGUAAUUACGUUGCUUGUGGUGGUUUGGAUAACAUCUGCUCCAUCUACAACCUAAAGACCCGUGAAGGAAAUGUCCGUGUCAGUCGUGAAUUGGCCGGGCAUACAGGUUACCUGUCCUGUUGCCGCUUCCUGGACGACAACCAAAUUGUGACCAGUUCAGGAGACACCACUUGUGCUCUGUGGGAUAUUGAAACUGGGCAGCAAACAACCACGUUCACUGGCCAUACUGGUGAUGUCAUGAGCCUUUCUCUUGCCCCUGAUACAAGACUCUUUGUCUCUGGUGCUUGUGAUGCCUCAGGCAAACUUUGGGACAUUCGAGAAGGCAUGUGCCGACAGACCUUCACUGGACACGAGUCUGAUAUAAACGCCAUUUGUUUCUUCCCUAAUGGAAAUGCAUUUGCAACUGGUUCGGAUGAUGCCACCUGCAGGCUGUUUGAUCUGCGUGCCGAUCAGGAGCUGAUGGUCUAUUCCCACGACAACAUCAUCUGUGGCAUUACAUCUGUGGCAUUCUCCAAGAGUGGUCGUCUCCUGUUAGCUGGCUACGAUGACUUCAAUUGCAAUGUUUGGGAUACUCUGAAAGCAGACCGUGCUGGUGUUCUGGCUGGCCAUGAUAACCGUGUGAGCUGCCUGGGCGUUACUGACGAUGGCAUGGCAGUUGCAACAGGAUCCUGGGAUAGUUUCCUGAAGAUCUGGAACUAGACCUGUAGAUCGCAGACAGACUCCAAGGUGACUGGAAGAUCAUUCCACAUUCAAUUACGUUGCAUAUCCAAUCCACUGAUACUGACUUGGACACCCCCAACUUCAAAGGGCAAAAUGUACUUUUAACCUUUGCUAUAAUGAAGAGCACAAAGUUAGACAACUUUAAAUGGAAGAUUCUGUGGUAUAAAAAUGAGAUUGCGCAUUCCUUUUGGGACCAUUGUUUUGUCUUGAAAACACUAUUAUCCCGCAAAAUGUAACUUUAAAAAAACCUGGUAAUCAUGAAUAAAUUGCUAAUUUUAUCAGUAGUUUAAAGUUUUAGAACCACGCGGGGUUGCUGCCAGUUAAGGGUUGAAAACUUUUAACGCAUCUCAAUUUUAAGUUGUUUUUAGCUAAGGAAUUUAAGUAUGGAAUUUUCUGGAAAACAAGGGAGUCCUUGAGCAGCAUCAUCCUGGUUUCUCAGUAACUGUAAAUUAGUAUCAAAGCUAUCUUUUUUGGUCAUGUUCUGUGUCAUGGACUUUUUGUUGCACAAAUAUUGCAUAUGAAAUGUUGGAACUAACCAAGACACGGUCAUAGUAAUGAAUGCUUGUUUUUAAAAUGUAAUUUUUUCCCCUCUACACUUUAGUGGGUAACAUAGAAAAAUGAAAACUCCCCAUUGAAUUUUAAGCUGACUGGUUUCUUGGUAAAGUUGCUCAGGGCCCAUUAGGCCUGUGCUUACUGGAGAUUCCUGCUUUUAGCAGCUGCCGAUGUCCUGUGCUUGGAUCUGGUCAAUGUGUGUAUCAAAUGAUGUAAGUUCAAUGUUGAAAAUAAUCUUGAAAUUUUUAAGUUAAUUUUUUGGGAGUUUUUUUUUGUUUUUUCUUUUACCAUGGGUUUACUCUUCUAGAAGCAUGCUGUAGAAUUGCAUAACGUGCUUAUGGAAUUAAGUCAAUAGAUGUUCUUUUAAGACACACCUGUUAAAUCGUAACCGUUGUAAUAAUCAUGGCUACUCUGUGCAUAAUGAAAAAUAAAAAGCUAUGCACUUUCUUGAGUAGAGCCAUCACAACAAACUUGACCUGUUUAAACUAUCUUCACAAAUGAUUCUGAAGCAAACCAUCCUGUUUAUCCAUUUAAAAAAUAAAUUGAAAUUUGUAGAAAGCUUACUGUUAGAAUCAUUUUGUAAGGGGCAGGUUUCUGGCUUUAUGAAUUAGCUGAGUUGAACAGCAGAAUCUCUGCAGCCAUACUUUACUGUAAACAGAAGUGCUCUUUACUAGAAUUAGUAGCUUUUUUUGUUCUCUCCUUGCAAAAUUGUACAGAUGUGCUGUAAUAGUGCGUAGGCCUCAACAGGCACCUUUCCAUUAACUCUAUAGGUCUUUCCUCACCACUUUCCUCUUUGCCUUUUGUAUUUAAUUUCAAAGUCGGUGUACUACAAGAAAGCUGGAUGCAAGAUAGAUACUAUAUUAAAAUGUACUGUUAUUUAAGAUGUAAUAAAGCAGUUUGACACGAG